AUGCGUUUUUCCGCAAUCAUUUCCCAGAGCCAGAGGUAUUUUUUCCAGCUUGUUGCCAAAGAAACUCAAGUUGCUGAACACUGCAUCCAAUUAUGUGGUGCUACCAUAUGUAGUGCCUCAUCGAAGGCCUUUGUAGGGAGAUACGCAACUCUAGACCUCAAAAUAGAAAUUUCUUGGGUGGUCCCCAAAAGAGCUCCAAGUGGGAGGCAGACGGAAGAAACCACGCCAGAUCCUGCCGUUGAGCCUUUAACAGGGCUUCCAUCCCCCCCCCCGCCACCGUCGCAACAGCGACGGUCGGUGCACAGUGGAGUUUCUUCCACUGGGGUGUCGGGAGCUGGCAGGGGUAGUCAGAUACCUGCUACAGCGCCUGCCCUAUCCUUGGAGGCGGAAGCAAGACUGCACACAAACCAUCAGUUGAACUCUGUGUUUGUGCGUCCUCCCGUCGGUGGACGUCCUCCUCAGCAGCAGCAGAAGCAGCAGCAGCAGAAGCACAGCGGACAGCCGCGGGCUAAUUUGUCUCUCGUUGCACCGAUGCCAGGCAACUCCGGCAAAGCAGCAGCAGCAUCCAGCACUUUGCUCCUGCAGGGAUGGCUUCAGAAGUGGACCAAUCUCCUCUCUUCAUGGAGGCCAAGAUAUUUCUUCGUCUACGCGGGCUUCUUCAAGUACAGCACGACGAAGAACUCCCCGCCUAAAGAAAUGUUUCUGCUGAAUCAGUGCCGCGUCCGGCUUUGCCCCCAUGACCCGGUGCGGUUUGAAGUGGACGUGGUAGAUCAGCAGACCCUUUUUCUCCGGGCUGAAAGUCAGGAGGAGAAGCAAAUGUGGUAUGCCGCGUUCAAGCAAGGCCAAAGGGCAGCCCUCAGCGGCACUCAUCGAAUUCCCCGGUCGGGAGGAGCAGGGGGAAGCCAAAGGGAGAGACUGCCACAGCAGCAGCAGCAGCGACAGCAGCAGCAGCAGCAGCGACAGCAGCAGCAGCAGCGACAGCAGCAGCGCAGGCGACCGCCGCAAGAAGCUGCAGCAGGAGCAGCUCCAACUGCAGCAGCAGAUACUUCGCGCAUUAGGAACACGAGCAGCAGUAGAAAGGCGUUGCAGCCCAAGAACCUUCAGCCGGAGCAGCGAGAUCCUGCCACUGCAGCUCCAGAAGCGCGAACAGCACCGUCUCCGUCAGCUGUCAGCAGCAGCAGCAGCAGCAGCAGUUCCCUUAGCGGACUGGCAGGGGUCGUCGCAUCUAGCGCUGCUGCUGCGGCGGCUUUUGCCACAAGCAGGCUGCGCUCCUUGUCUGUAGCCACAGUGCAGCAGCAGCAGCAGCUGCCACCACCUCUGGAGCAACCACCACCUCCACCACCACCACCACCAGCGCAGUCCCCACCGACCGCGCUGCAGCAACAGCCGCCCUCGGAAGCUGCCCGCAUGGCGAGUACAGAAACGUGUGUCUUGCGAGAAUGCGCAGUGGUAGACAGCAAUGCUGGCAGUCCCCUGCAUACAACGCACUCGUCUCAGGAGGCAGAGAGCACCAGCAGCUUGCUCGAUGCCACCAGUACUGAGGGGCCUCUUGUGCUGCUGCUGGAGAGCGUCAUUAGUGCAAGGCAGAAUAUCCAGACAUCGUGCUCGCGGAUUUCCGAAUUGCAGGCAACAGUGCUGAAGUCUACAGCACAAAUUCCUCAAACAAGCUUCGAAGGAGGUUCGCAAUUGCCCCAAGACGUCGUGCUGCUGCUACAAAGGGUAGAUGAACUGCAGCAAUUAUUGCAGCAGCUGUUGCAACAGUGGGAGCAGCUACUGAGUGAGGAGUACACACAGCGCCGCCAACUCGAGAAGUCUGUCCGGUCGCUUGCAAAGAGGACGUACAAGCUUGACAAGGUACAGGGAAGGCUGAUGCAGUUGAGCAGACAACGGUCUCGCCUCACGGCUGCAGAAAUUGCCGCCAUCAUAGCAGGUCUGCGGCUGCCUACUGGUGAAGGAGACGAGGCGGCAACUGCAGCAGCAGCUGCAGCUGCAGCUGCUGCUGCUGCGGAGGUGGGUGGCGGCUUUAGCACGAGCGACAGUGAUGAUGAUGACGGAAACGAGUCGCUCGAAUUCUUCGACUGCGAUGAGGUGAGGCAGGCAGGCAGGCAGGUAGCAGGGACGUGCAUAGAUGUGGGCGCUUCGGAGAGAAGGCAGAAAGAAGAGGAUGGCUCUUUCGUGACGGAAGCACCAGCCUCCAGCAGCCCUUCUGCCAGCGGUGCCGAGAGCUUGAACAGCAGCAGCAGGGGGUCCCCCUUCUCGGCUUCAACGAAUGCUCCUCUCACCCUGGCAGCCUGCAACUGCCCCUUAGGGGGACUCUUUCCAGCCCAGCGUUUGGCGCUGCCGAAGCCUCGGACGGAAUUCAAAGUGAACCUCUGGUCAGUGCUGAAGGAUUGCAUUGGACGGGACCUGAGCCGCAUAGCAAUGCCGGUCUAUUUCAACGAGCCAACGAGUUUCCUCCAAAGGCAGUGCGAGGAUCUCCAAUAUGCUGACCUCCUCAACCUUGUGGGGCAUCAUCCCCCUAUUACGGCCUACGUGGCAAACGCGCCAGAGUUCUCAUGCGAGGGUUGGAUGACGGUCCGCAACCGUUUUUCUGGAAAGUCUCUCGAGGUAACAAUGCCGGGUAUGGCCCGUGUCAUGCUGCAUCGGACGGGAGAACGAUUUUCUUACAAAAGGAUCAAGAUGCUGGUGCAUAACGUCAUAUGGGGGAAACUCUGGAUUGAAGUAGACGGGACGUGUUUGGUUCAAAACGAAACCACGGGAGACUUCUCUGUGCUGCAAUUCUUGAGGAAAGGAUGGCUUGAUAAGACUUGCCAUCACGUCCGAGCGAUUAUUUUUGACGCCUCUGGGCGACCUUACUACCGCCUUUCCGGGCAGUGGUCCACCGCCCUCUACGUUGAGGAAGCUCCUCCCUUCAACCCCCACAAAAGUUGGAAAGUUCCUCCUCAGGUGGAUGAAUUUCGAAGGAGCGAAACAGGCCCACCAGCGGAUAGCCCCGACAAUCAGCUGGACGCCGUCAUUUCCCAGUACUGGGAGUCCAUUCCUUGGAUAGAAGCUUCAAAGCGCCUUAUAUGGCGUCCAGCGGCACGCCCUCCUAAUGCGGACCAGUUUUAUGGAUUCGGGUACUUCACGAUGGAGCUAAACGAGCUGUCGCAGGAGUACGCCGCGCAUGCAGCACCGACCGACUCCCGGCGUCGGCCAGACCAACGGCUGUACGAGGAGGGCUCUGUGGAUGAGGCGGUCCAACACAAGAACAGGCUUGAGGAGAAACAAAGAGCUGUUGCGCGUAUGCGGCCACGCGGAGAGGCAGAUUACACCCCCAUGUGGUUUAUGCGGCAACCAGACUCAGAAGAGUGGGUGUACAAGGGGGGAUACUGGGAAGCGCGCGAUUCCGGCAACUGGAGUUGCUGUCCCGACAUCUUCUAA